CAUCUUUUACUCACAAUACGCAUCUCAUCCCUCAUCUGUAUAAUCACACAAUGUCGCGCGCACAGCAAAUGAUGCAACCCCAAAUCAUCCUUCUCAAGGAUGGAACAGACAGCUCUCAGGGAAAGGGUCAACUUCUCUCCAAUAUCAACGCCUGCUUGGCCGUUGUCGACACUGUUAGGACUACUCUUGGACCUCGUGGCAUGGAUAAAUUAAUCGUUGACGAGAAAGGCUCUGUUACAAUUUCAAACGAUGGUGCCACAAUUAUGAAGCUUCUCGACAUUGUUCAUCCUGCUGCCAAGACCCUCGUCGAUAUUGCUCGCUCUCAGGAUGCAGAGGUUGGAGACGGAACAACUUCGGUUGUUCUUUUGGCUGGUGAGCUUUUGAAGGAGGUUCGCUCUUAUAUUGAAGAAGGUGUAAACCCUCAGGUGAUCAUCAAAGGCUAUAGAAAGGCAGCUCAAUUGGCCAUCAACAAGGUCAAAGAAAUUGCUGUCCGUGUAGAGCGCAAGGAUGAGACAGAGUUCCGCUCGUUGUUAGAGAAAUGUGCCGCUACCGCUAUGUCUUCCAAGCUGAUCCAUUCUCAGACAGAGUUCUUUACCAAGAUGGUUGUCGACGCAGUACUUCACUUGGAUCAGGAGGAAUUGGAUGAAAACCUUAUUGGAAUGAAGAGAGUUACGGGUGGUGCCAUGCAGGAUUCACUUUUGAUUGAUGGUGUUGCCUUCAAAAAGACAUUCUCGUAUGCUGGAUUUGAGCAACAACCCAAGAGCUUCAAGAAUCCAAAGGUUUUAUGUUUGAAUGUCGAGCUGGAGCUUAAAGCUGAGAGGGACAAUGCAGAAGUCCGUGUCGAAGCAGUCGAUGAAUACCAAAAAAUCGUAGAUGCGGAAUGGAAGAUCAUUUAUGACAAGUUGGAAGCGAUCGUCAACACUGGCGCUAAGGUUGUUCUAUCCAAGUUGCCCAUUGGUGAUCUCGCUACUCAGUACUUUGCUGAUCGUGACAUUUUCUGUGCCGGCCGUGUCCCCGCUGCUGAUUUGAAUCGUGUUGUCCAGGCCGUUGGAGGAUCGAUCCAAUCGACUUGCUCUGAUAUUGAAGCCAAGCAUCUAGGAAGCUGUGAGACUUUUGAAGAGAGGCAAAUUGGAGGUGAACGCUUCAACUUUUUCCAGGGCUGCCCUCAAGCCAAGACCUGCACAUUGAUCCUUCGAGGAGGAGCAGAGCAGUUUAUUGCAGAAGUCGAACGUUCGUUGCACGAUGCCAUUAUGAUUGUACGUCGAGCCAUCAAGAACUCAUUGGUGGUGGCUGGAGGAGGAGCUACUGAAAUGGAGAUCUCACGAUACCUCCGCGAUCACUCCAGGACCAUUGCUGGGAAGCAGCAGUUGAUUAUUGGUGCAUUUGCACGUGCAUUGGAGAUUAUCCCCCGCCAACUCUGUGAUAAUGCAGGUUUUGACGCAACUGAUAUUUUGAACAAGCUUAGGAUGAAGCAUGCACAGGGUGAACAGUGGAGUGGAGUCGACAUUGAGUCUGAAUCGAUUGCAGAUAACAUGAAGGCCUUUGUCUGGGAGCCUGCACUUGUCAAGACAAAUGCCAUUGCCGCUGCAACUGAGGCUGCAUGCUUGCUCCUCUCAGUGGAUGAGACUGUUAAGAGCCCUCAAAGCCAGAACCCCGCCGCAAAUGCCCGUGGAGCACCCAGGGGCCGUGGACGCGGAGUUCCUCGUCGAUAAAUGGGCCUUUCAGCGAGGGAAGGCGAAGUCUUUUUUGACAUGAUAGUUCUUUAUGAGUUUGGGAAUUGUAGACACCAAAGCAAAUAGUAAAAAAAAUCCAUUUUUUUUGACAAA